CGCGUCCUCUAGUUUCCAAUUUCCACCGCUUGGUGCCAGUCAGUCUCUCCCUUACUCCCCUUCAACUCCUUUCUCCUCUCUUUAGCUCACUGUACAGCGACAUUUUCCCUCUCUUUGCUUCUCUUCGGAUCUCGAUACUUCCAUUUUUUGCAUAAUUCUCUCUCUAUAUUUUUUUGAAUUCAGCUUUCGCUGUAUAUCUAUUUCUGUAGAGCUUGUGAGUGUAUUGAGGAAACGGUGCGAUUGAAUGGACGGAGUUCAUGAGAACACGGCGGUAGGGAAUUCGCCGCCGCCUUUUCUGAGCAAGACGUAUGACAUGGUUGAGGAUCCGUCGACGGAUUCUGUGGUGUCGUGGAGUAAGAGUCACAACAGCUUUGUUGUGUGGAACGUGCCGGAGUUUGCUAGAGAUGUUUUGCCCAAGUAUUUCAAGCACAAUAAUUUCUCCAGCUUCGUCAGACAGUUGAAUACUUACGGUUUCAGGAAGGUUGAUCCGGAUCGCUGGGAAUUUGCAAACGAGGGAUUUCUUAGAGGCCACAAACACCUGUUGAAGAGUAUAAGCAGGCGAAAACCCUCUCAGGUGCAGGGUCAUCAGCAAACCACCCCCCAAGUGCAAAAUGCAUCUGUUGGAUCUUGUGUUGAAGUUGGGAAGUUCGGAAUAGAGGAUGAGGUGGAAAGGCUUAAAAGAGAUAAGGAUGUUCUUAUGCAGGAGCUGGUUAAGUUGAAACAGCAGCAGCAGGCGACGGAUCACCAAAUGCAGACUGUUGGGCAGCGUUUCCAAUUAAUGGAGAAAAGGCAACAGCAAAUGAUGUCAUUCCUUGCCAAGGCCAUGCAGAGCCCUGGCUUUGUAGCCCAACUGGUACAUCAACAGAAUGGGAGUAACAGGCGUAUUGCUGGAAUGAAUAAGAAAAGGAGACUUCCUGACCAGGAUGAAGAAAAUGUUGCAGGCAAUCCUGUUAAUAUGUCGCGAGAUGGACGGAUAGUCAGGUAUCAACCUUCAAUGAACGAGGCAGCAAAAGCAUUGCUGCGGCAGAUUCUGAAAAUAAAUGCACCUGGGAGGCUGGACAACAGACUUAAGAACACAAAUGGUCUUUUGACUGAUAAUCCCCUCUCUCCCAAGAAUGCACUUAGUUGUGAUACAUCCAGUCGUAUUUCUGGGGUUACCCUCUCUGAAGUAUUGUCAAUGUCUUCACAGUCUCAUAUAAUCUCAGAUUCAGGAUUUCCAUUCAACUCUUGUUCAUCUGUCAUGUCUGAGAGCCAAUCUUCAACUACUGUGGUUCCUGGGGAGGCCAAAGUUCCUAAGUUACCCGAAACGGAUGCUCUGAACUCUCUCACAGACCAUGAUUUGCCUGAAUUUUCUCAAGAACAAAGGAUUAAUAGACAGGAAACUUUUGGAAUAACUGGCCUCAAGAGGCCUGAGACUGGAAAUGUGCCAUAUAUUGACAACACGCAAGCCAUUUUGGAUGGUGUAACAGCAAUUGCCCCUGAUGGAUUUUCGGCAGACACCCAUGUCGAUGUCCUGCUAGAUGAUGUGCCUAAGCUUCCAGCGAUUAAUGAUAUUUUCUGGGACCAGAUUCUUUCUGCAAGCCCUCUUACUGGGGAUACGGAUGAAAUUGGUAUGGAAGAUGGCUUAGAAAAGGAAGAGGAUUUUCUAGGAGUUCAGGAGAACGAUUUGGAUAAACUAAACCAUAUGUGUCAUCUUACUGAACAGAUGGGGCUUCUUUCAUCAGCAGCCCAGAUUUGAUGAUUUCAUGGAUUUUAUUUGAACACUGCAACAACAGAGGUGGACGCACUGAACUGGUUGGCAUUAACAAGCUUGUUAUGAAGGACUGAUCUUCACUACUAAUGAUGUUCUGAGUAGUGAAAAGGGGACCCCCAAAAGAAAAAGGGCUGUGUCUGAUCUUGUAUUAGUUUUUUGGUGCAUAUGUAUGUAGACUUUGUAUGGAUAUUAUCCAGCACAACGGUUAGGUAAAAAAGAAUACUAAAUAGUUGUUUACUUGUUAAGAAAGUAAAAAAGGGCACGGUAGAAAGUUGUUGCAGAGGAUCUGUUUGUAAAUUUUGCUGUUUACAUAAGCAACUACUAUAAGGAUUUUAAUGAAGAUGCAAGCUGAUGUAUGGGUGGCUUGCUUUUUGUACAAAGAUAUUGAAUGGUAUUUGUCUGUUAUUGUGAGGUUUGUAUUCUAUGCAGGGGUUGCUUCUAGCAGCUUCUCCCACUAAAUAGA